AAUGUAGUUUAUUUAACAUCUUAACGUUAAUUAUAGGUGAUAUACCAUAAACAAGUAGAAAAAAAGUAAUAAUAAUAAUACCUAAUACAUAAUAUAAAACAAUAAUAAUAAAUAAUAAACCUAGUACAUAUUUGAAAUUAACCACAAUGGAUUUGGAUAUAAUACAAUCGACCAAAGAAGGUGAAAUCACGCAAUUUUUAUGCGAUGUUCGAGAUUAUUUCAAAGCUUCAUUAGCAACAUCGGAAUAUGAAAAUACAUCAAAUAUGUUCUAUUUGACUGCUUCAGAGUCCACGGAACAGCUUUUGAAUCGUUGCGAAUGCCUAUUGAAUCGGCUAAGUAACAAAAAUCAUAAAUUACCCAUUAAUACGAAUGCAAGCGGUCAUAACAGUACAUUUUCGCCAUUGCAAAGCACACGAAUGGAAAGUCAGCAAUGGCAAUGCAAUCGAGAUAAGGACAAUGACGCAAAGCAAAAUCAGAGUUCAACAGAAGAGGAGGUUUCAUAUCUGGAUAUGUCUGCCUCUCAUAAUAAGAACAAUGGCAAAAGUAAAUCUCCAGUGGGAAAAAUGUUAGACUUUAACAGUUCAGGAGAUAGUGAUAAAACGUUUCGAUGUUCUACAUUUGAAGUAAGACAGAAUAAAAGCUUUUUACAUCGUAUACACGAUACCAUGACAACAACUACCGACGAUGAUACUGACGCGGAUGAUGAUAAUGAGGAGAACGAGAAUCGUGGUGAUAAAGUGAAUCAUUUUGAAGAUGAUCCACAAAUCUAUGAUAUCUGUCAGGUAACAACUCAGGGAUCGGAUGGUGAGGAAGAUGAAAUUGGACUGGUGGAGACGCAAACAGCAAUAACACCAGAUUCUCAUUUUUCACUACCCAAUAUCGAUUGUCCUUACAUGGAUUUGCCGGCUGGUCAUUUGUCAAUAAAAAAAUCAACGAAAUACGGUCAAUUGCUGAGAAUUGAGAAAAGACUGUUUUUUGAUCAAACCAAAAAGUGUUAUUGCGGCAUUUUGAACGAUUGGCUGCUUUGCUAUGCCGAUGGGCCCACUUCGAAUAGACCGACAAUCAGUUUGUAUUUAAAAAUACCAAGUAUCGAAAUAGAACAUUUUGGCGAAGGAAAACGGCGAGAUGUUUGCUUUCAAAUUACGACUUGUGAUCCGAACAAAAGAUUUGUAUUUCAAGCUAUAAAUGAAAUAGACGCCAAAGAAUGGAUACAUGCCGUAGAAGCAGCUAUUAGAAGUGAUAUUGUUGGUAUAGAAGUAAGAAAUUCAUCUACGCGUAAACUCCCCACACCACCUGUAAUGAAAAAAUUAACAUUUAUGAAUUCUUUUCAAAGGGGCAAUGAAAUGUCAUCUAUUACAACAUCUAAUGAUUGCAUAUAUGAGGAACCAUCACCCAAUCAUCACUAUGCAACAAGUGCUAGUUCGGAGAAACUACCAGAGUUGCCUCAAAAGCAAAAUAAUUCUUUAGCAUUGGCUAAUCAGUUCGAAUACGAUGUCCCCAAGUGUCCACCGCAGCCUUUAAAAUAUAAUUCGGGCAACGACGUACUGUUAAUAAAUCCGUAUGAAAAUAAAGGAACGAACUCGCCCGAAAAAACACUGCCUGCAACUAAUUGUCUGCCGUCAUCACCUCCACCCUCCACACAAAAGAUUUCUUUAAAAAUGGAGGAGAAUCUAGAUUUUCAAGCCAAAGUCAAGGAUGUCCACAGCAAAUUAACUAGUCAAUUAUCGGGGGGUCCAAAUGUUAAGAAACCCCUUAAGAAAUCAGUAUUGUCGUCACCCCAAAGUGAUGCAGAAUCUCUGGCUACUCCAAGCAUAAUAGUAUCAUGUCCCACAUCUCCGAUGCCAGCAGCAACAGAAUUGAAGAAACAGAAGAAAACAACAACAAUAACAACACCUCCAAACAGUCCACAAAAAAUGCCGAACGAAAAGUCGUCAUUUGCCAAAAACUGGUUCCUAAAUAGGCUAAAUAAAACCACCUCCUCAACAAGAUCCAAUUCAUCAUCUCCCUCAAAUUCUCCCUCGAAAUGUAAACAGAGUGAAAAGGAAAAUCUUCUCAACUCAUCAUCCGACGUCUGCGAUGGCUACGACCUGCAAGUUUCCAGCAUGAACAGUAAUCCUGUAUCGCCUAUAUUAAAGUCUUCCUCUCCAACAUGUGGCAAAAGUAAAGUAAAUAUGAUCAUCAAUCAGUUAGAGGCAAGUGGUCAUUUGGCUUCAAUGUUUACCGUAGAUGCUGUUGCCUCAUUUAGUUCCUUUUGUGACAACGAUUGCAAUAAUUAUGAACCUAUUAUGACCGUUUCGACGCCGCCCUCCAAUCAACUGAAAAAAGUUUAGUUUCCACAUAAAUUUAAGAACCCAGUAGUUGUAAGUAAUAGUUGUUCAAUGUACAAAUACUAUUUUUUAGUAAUUGUUUUCAAAAUAAAAUUGCAUACAGUAAUUCUUUAAAAUAUA